UCUGUCUCCCCGAUAUAUGACGCAAUGUUUGGCUGUGAACGUAGAAGAGAACGGAAGAAACUUCUCGGUCGGGCAAAGACAGCUUCUUUGCCUGUGUCGUGGCCUGCUUAAACGAACUAAAAUUGUGUGCGUGGAUGAAGCAACGGCAUCCUUAGAUAUG